UUUGAACGUCUGCUGGUUGUUUUACAGAAAAUCGAAGCUCGAGUUGCAGCUGAUGAAGACCUGAAGCUGGCUGAUCUUCUGAAGUAUUACCUGAGGGAGUCUCAGGCUGCCAAGGACCUUCUGUACCGGAGGAGCCGGGCUCUGGUGGACUACGAGAACGCUAACAAGGCUCUGGACAAGUCUCGGGCCAAAAACAGAGACGUUCUGCAGGCCGAGACCAGCCAGCAGCUCUGCUGCCACAAGUUCGAGAAGAUCUCUGAGUCCGCCAAGCAAGGUUGGUUCUGGGUGGUGUGCAGGACCACCAUGGAUCUGUGGUCCCCUCGUCUCAGAAACAUCUAGAAGUUUGAGCAGUGCUGAAAUUAAAAUUUAAUUAUUAAAACAAGUUUGAAAAGAACUGGAGACGAGAUUAAAGCUGGAAGAGAAAAUAAAUGAGAGGUGCGGCUGUGCAGGUAGAUGCUAACGGUAGCUAACUUUAACUGGAGCAGCUGUGCAGGUAGAUGCUAACGGUAGCUAACUUUAACUGG